GCAGUCGACUCGUGCCCACAGAGAGAGCUCAGAACCACCGCGCUACGACGUGAGAGGCAAGCAGCUGGGCACGGGCAAGCAGACACUGCGAGGGGCAUUGAGUGAGUGCGACAGAUGACGGCGAUGGGUGGUUGAUGUUUAUGCGGGGGCGGUGGUGGUGGUGAAGAUACGACGCCCUCCAUGGUGACACGGGGAGGAGUGACUGAGGGUGGCUGUGUGGUUGCGGUGGUGACGCCGUGGACGGGAGCCCCGGUGGAGGCGGGGCGAGAACAGCGUCCACCCCCCCCCCACCCCGAGCACGGUCACAGCGCCACGGGCGGAGACACACGGCCGGACAGCCCGCGGGACAGCUGCUCCCGGCUCACUAGCCUCUUCGUCAUCCUCCUCAUCCUCCUCCCUCCUCAUCAUCAUCCUCGUCCUCUUGGUGUCUGCUCCAUGGCCGCCCUCCCGUUGCUGUCCGCGCUGCUGCCGCUGCUGCUGCUGCCGCUGGCCGGCACCUUCAACGUGGACACGCGCCUGGCCGUGGUGAAGGAGGGCGACUCGGGCAGCCUCUUCGGCUUCUCCGUCGCGUUGCACCGGCAGCUGCAACCCAUCGAUCGGAGCGUGUUACUGGUGGGAGCUCCGAGAGCAAAGGCCCUUCCCAAUCAGCACGCCAACCGUACCGGCGGGGUCUACCAGUGUCCCUUCACCGCCAACACCGACGACUGCCAGAGGGUGAUCUUCGACAAUGACGCUGAUCCGACGACUGAAAGCAAACAAGACCAGUGGAUGGGUGUCACUGUGAAGAGUCAGGGGCCCGGAGGGAAGGUGCUGGCUUGCGCGCACCGCUAUGAAACGCGGCGCUUUGUGGGACUGCCCGAGGAAACACGGGGCAUGAUCGGUCGCUGCUACGUGCUGAGCCAGGACCUCAGGAUGAACGAGCAGGAUGAAAUGGACGGAGGGAGCUGGCAGUUUUGUGCCGGCAGGCCUGAUAGCCACGAACAGUUUGGAGUCUGCCAGCAGGGCCUCGAUGCUGGGUUCACGCGUGACUUCCACUACAUCUACUUUGGGGCUCCCGGAGCCUACAACUGGAAAGGCAUUGCUCAUGUUGCACAAAGGAACUCGACAUUUUAUGAACAGGGCAUCUUUGACGACGGACCUUAUGAGACUGGAGAUGAAAGGUGGAAAAAUGAGAAACUGGUCCCUGUGGCCUAUAACAGCUACUUAGGGUUCUCCAUGGACUCCGGCAAAAGUGUCAUGGCCAGAAACAGGCUGAGCUUCGUGGCAGGAGCACCACGGGCAAACCACACGGGAGCCGUGGUCGUGCUGAAGAAAGACUCGCUGAGCAGCCUCACGCCGGAGCAGACCAUCUACGGCGAGGAGCUCGCCUCCUCCUUCGGCUAUGAUGUGACGCUGGCCGACCUCAACAACGACGGGUGGCUGGACCUGGUCGUGGGAGCUCCUCAAUACUUCGACCGGAGGGAGGACAUUGGAGGGGCAGUGUAUGUUUACAUGAACCAACGGGGCGGCUUCGAUGAGCACAACUUUAUCCGCCUCAAUGGCACCAAGGACUCCAUGUUUGGCCUUGCCGUGGCCAACAUUGGGGACAUAAACCAAGAUGGCUUCGAGGACAUCGCUGUGGGCGCUCCCUAUGAUGGAUCUGGGAAGGUGUUCAUCUACCACGGAGGCAGGAUGGGCAUCAACCCGAAAGCUUCUCAGGCAAUAAGUGGGGACGACUUCAACUACAAGGUGGAGAAGUUUGGUUACUCCAUCACCGGAGGGAUGGAUGUGGAUGGGAACACAUACCCAGAUCUCCUCAUAGGGUCACUGUCAGACAAAAUUGCUCUGCUCAGGGCUCGUCCUGUCAUUACUCCCAACAUCCUGGUGACGUCUGACAAAGACAUCGACAUCAACGUGAAGAACUGUGAAAAUGACAAGAGAAUUUGCAUAAAGGUGAAGGCUUGUUUCUCAUAUAAAGCAAAACCUGCGAAUUACAACCCAAUCAUUAACUUGACGUACACGUUCGAGGCGGAGAUGGACCGCAGGAAGCAGGGGCUGGGCUCGCGCGUCUCCUUCCUAAACCGGGGCUCGAACUCCCCUGAGGAGUACGUGCUGAGCGGCUCUCUGGUGCUGAUGGGACAGGGGCGGGAGAAGUGCACAGAGAAAACCAUGCAGCUGCAGGAGAACAUAAAGGACAAGCUGAGACCAAUCCCCCUGCAGCUGACAUAUGAGAUCAACCAGGUUGUGAAGACGAAGAGGCAGGCCAGCCUAUCCCUGCAGCCUGUGCUGGAUGCCCAGGUUCCCAGCCGCAUGAAGACCGAGAUAAACUUUGUCAAGGAGGGAUGCGGUCCAGACAACAUUUGCCAGAGCAACUUAAUUCUCAAGUACAAUUACUGCUCCAGAGAGGAAAACGAGAAGUAUAAAGCCCUCAAAAGCAUGUCAGGCCAGCAGGUGUUCUCCCUGAGUGACCAGAAGGACCUGGCCCUGGAGGUUUCCAUCAGCAACACGGGCGACGACGCUCACGAGGCGCACUUAAUCGUGAACCUGCCUGACGCCGUCAGCUACGGAGGCUUCCGCAAAAAGACUGUGCCAGAGGAGGUUCAGCUGGUGUGCGUCGCCAACGCCAACGGGUCGCUGGCCGACUGCGAGCUGGGAAACCCGCUGAAGCGCGGCCAAGCGGUGUCAUUUUACCUGAUCCUCAGUACCUCUGGAAUAACUCUGGACACAUCGGAAAUCAGCACGGCUCUGCUACUCACCACGACGAGCGAGCAGCCAGAUCUGAACGCGUUGUCGGCCAAGCUGAAGGUGGUCAUCGAGCUGGCGCUUACGGUCACUGGCUUCACCAAGCCGUCCCAGGCGAAAUUUGGAGGAGAGAUCAGGGGAGAGUCGGUGAUGAAGACAGAGGAAGACGUGGGAAGCCUUAUAGAAUACGACUUCAAAGUUUUAAACUUGGGCAAGUCUCUGGGAUCUCUGGGCAGCGCCUUCAUCAGCAUCUCGUGGCCGGCUGAGAUCCCCAAUGGCAAGUGGUUGCUCUACCUCGUGAGCGUGGAGAUGGUGGGCACGCGGGAGACGCACUGCAAUCCCUCGGGCAAUCGCAUCAACGAGCUGGGCCUCCAGAGCGUGUGGCAUAAGACGAAGCGACAAGUGCCAGGGCCGCCGCCCCCCGCUCAGAAAGUGGCUCCAGAGAUAAGUCCGUCCAACGACAAGCGGCGAUCGCUCAAGCUGGACUGUCGGGACGGCACGGCACGGUGCUACACCCUGCAGUGUCCGCUCACAGCCAUGGACAGCGUCGCUGAGAUCAAGCUGCGGGCGCGUCUGUGGAACAGUACCUUCCUGGAGGAGUACUCCCACCUGGACCAGCUGGAGAUCAUAACGAGAGCUACAGUUGGAAUCUCGUCUCAAAGUCCCAACAUUGUGAUGAAAGACGCCAGGCCUGAUGGCUAUCCAGUGCGGCUCACGGUGUUCCCCGAGAAGACGGCGCCGCUCUACCACAGCAUCCCGUGGUGGAUCAUCCUUCUGGCCGUGCUGGCAGGCGUGCUGGUGCUCGCACUUCUCGUCUUCCUCCUGUGGAAGUGUGGAUUUUUCAAGCGCUCGCGUUAUUACGACACGGUGCCGCAGUACCACGCCGUGCGCAUCCGCAAGGACGAGCGGCAGCCACGCGAGGCGGCGGCGGCGGCGGCGCCUCAUCGACAGCACAAGAGGAGGGAGUGGGUGACGACCUGGAACGAGCGGGACACGUACUACUGAGCACCCGGGGGCCCCCCACGGUCCCGCCAGCAACCACCUCGUGCCCCACCCCCCACCCCUCCAUCUCCCCAUUAUAUAAUUACAUGAGGGGGCAACACUCAUGCGGCGUCCCUUCUCAAUCGGAGCCCCCUUCGACCCCAUCUGUCUAAACCCCGGUUAUCAGUCUAUAACUACUGUCAAGAGCGAUUUCGCAGCGAUGGCUUCAAGAUAAUUCAGAGCUGCACCUCGUCGUGUUUCCUUGCUGACCUGAUGCUUCACUGUUGCUGCAAGAAUCGCUGGGAUGGAAACUGCUCUACCCCACACUGGUUAGCCUAUUUCUUUGGGCACUUUUUCCUGUUAAAUUCAGCAUAAAAGCUGCAGAGGCAGUUACAUCUGACACACGUGUUAAGAAAUUCCCAAAAUCUGGUGGACAUUCUGGGAUUUUUUUUAUUACGUUGGGACAUUUUUUGCUGGGCUGUCACCAGUAUUUUGCUUAAAUGAACACUACAAGUGGUCAUUUUGACGAAUGUCAUUAAAGCUUCUUCUUUGACAAGCUUAUAGUAAUAGGUUAGUUCUAUCCAGAAUUACACCAUUAACUGCGUUGCUUUUUUCUCUUAUAUAUACAAAAUAGAAUAUAACUGCCAAAGGCUAUUUUUUGGGCCUAAAUCUUAUCACAAUGUUUCGUGACAAAAAUUGUGUAUAUUUGUGUUAAAAGAAAUCCAAUGGUUGCAGUUACAGGCUACUGUGGUAUAAUUAGAG